UGAACUGCCUGAGUUUCUGCAGUGGAGGCCGCCCUCCAGUGUGUCAUCCAGCGGGGAGCUGCAGGCAGCCGAGGCCCUGGUGGACCUGCAGAGCAGGCUGCAUGAACAGUAAGCGUCUGUCAGAUCCCAGUGGACAAGGGCUGCGUGGUUCAAGGCUACAUCCCCAGCGCCGGCACUCAGCAGGUGCAAGGUCAUUUAACUGCCCAGCGAACAAUGGUCUCUGAGUGAACGAACCGACACUGCGUGGAGAAGGGCAACGGCCGAACGCGGGCGCCGGGCAGCCUGCGGCGGGCGGACUGGGACCGGGCCCCUCGGCGGGCGGGACCUAGCACUGCGGCCGGAUGGAGGACGACGAGGAGGAGAUCACCGCCGCCACGCUGCGGGGCAAGCCCCGGCCGCCGCCCAUCUCCGCGCUGUCCGCCUUCAGCUACGUCCCGCCGCGGCGCCAGGACCCCAAGGAGUACAGCUACUACUACCGCCAGGGCAGGACCGGAAUCAUUUCCCUCUAUGACUGUGUUUUUAAGAGGAACCCAGGUUAUAAUCAGAAAUUGCACCGAGACGACAGAGAACAUGCAAAAAGCCUGGGACUUCACGUUAACGAGGAGGAGCGCGAGAGGCCAGUGUGGGUGCUGACGUCUUCUGUCUAUGGGCGGCGCAUCCACCAGCCUGUGGAGCCCCCGAACCGGGAUCACAGCCGCGCCGGCCACGUGAAGGCCGACUUCUACCGGAAGAACGACAUCCCCAGCAUCAAGGCUCCCGGCUUCGGUCACAUUUCUCCGGCCUGACGCCCUCGCAUGGCCCGAAGGGCACGGGCGAGAGGGAUGGCACUGGGGGGGG